GACAGAGACAGAGACAGAGAGCGGAGAUGGCAGGAAAGGAAGAGAACAGAAUUUUUGUGGGUGGCUUGUCAUGGGACGUUACAGAGAGACAGCUUGAGCAUGCUUUUAGCCGUUUUGGCAAAAUUGUGGAAUCUCAGGAUGUUGAUUUUUGUUUGCCUGUCUUUGUUUGUUUUACUGGAAAGCUGGUUAUGAUAUGUUGAGAUGCCGUAAAUGGACUCUUUUAGAGCGUUUUUUGGUGAAAGUGAUUGCUCAAGUUGCUGAAAUUCAAUGCUUCUUCUGUUAAUAGAUUAUUCCUAAUGGUCUAAAUAUAUUCAAGCCUGGGAAGAAUUCAUAUAACAGAAUGGUAUAUGGAAUGUCGUUUAUGGACAGCAGCUGAAGUUAGUUAUCUGAUUUUGUUACAUCUGCCAUCUGGGAGAAAGAGUUAUAAUUCCAGUGGUGGGAGUUGCUAGACAUAAUUAGACCAUCCUGUAAUACUGAGCUGCCUAACCUGCAGGUCACAUGAUGUAGCACAUUUUCAGAUGUAUUUAUUUCUCCCCUGAAUUGAGUUUUCACUGCUUGUAUCCAUAAAAGUGUUAUAUUAAGGAAGGGAAGGAUCUAAAUUAAUUGAUCAGUCGACAGGAAAAAAAAAAUGUUCUUUCUGCUCGGCUUACUGAGGCUGGAAUGUGUUAUGAAGAUUUUGUGGUAUUGGAUUGAGAAAAAAUUUAAGCUAGGCCUUAAUCCCUAUCAUACUGUGGAUAAUUUGUAGCUAUGUCCUUCUCAGAUGAUCCAGAGGCCUCAGUUUUUUUGUGCUGCCAAUGUAUCAUCUGGUCUUUGUAGUAUUGAAGCAUUCGACAAGGCUUCUGUGUUGCAAAGUCUUGUUGGCUUAACUCUCUCUCAGUCUGUUCUUCAACAUGUCAGUCUCUGACUGCUUUAGUGAUAGUGAGCCUGCAAGAAUACUGCAUCGUUUUGGAGCAAGUUUGUAGACAUCAUACAAGGUGAUGCAGACUUUCUCAGGGAGCAGUUGUUUGCUUUUGCUUGAUACCAGGAUUCUUGUGUCAUCUCAGCUUCAUGAUGCCCGUGAUUCCUCCUUUGAUUUUAUGCAUUCUGAUUUCUAUUUUUCUUGAACUUGUAUGUUGAUUUGUUGGGUUGGGAAUCUUAACAUCCUAAAAGAAUGUUAGUACUUUCCGAUUGCUUCAAGAAGAUUUUGCCAUUAGUUCCAGUGCAGCCAAGUCAUCUUACUCCCACAUAUUUUGAUGAAUAGAGGGUCAUACCUUUUGGGAAAAUUGAUUUAGUGUACCUUCACGUACUGCUCUUUGAUGGAGCCCUCGGGACCAGGAACUGCCCUUUUCUUUUCAAGAUUCAACUCUAUUCUGAGUGGAACUGGUUUCUGCAUGGUACGGAGAAUCAGCAGCAUUCCUGUUCUGACUUCCUUGGAGCAGAGGAAUGGUAGCUUUAUCACAUCAGAGUUGACGAGAAGAUUUUGCUGUGGGGUGAUCAAUCCUUCAUAACCUGAAAGACAAAAUCUGAUUAAACUGAGUCUAUAGCUGUUAGUGAUUCCAUUCUUGCAUCUCUCCUGCUAGCCACUAAGAGUACUGUAUUUUGAAGUCCACUAUGUGAAACUAACCUGAUAAUUUAUGGAUUGAAUAUGCACAUCUUACUGGAAGUCUACGCCCUGAAACCUAGGUUAACAGAAGAUAUAUCUUGCUAUCUCUAUCAGUUGGAAGUGGUGCCAUCACUGUCCUUAGAUUCUGCAAUGCCAAUGGAUGCAUGAACUGAUUCUUGUAACUAUUGAGAGAUGGUAGAGUUAUGGUUAAAUUUUAAUUAAAAAAGCUGAUGGUGCUGGAUGGUUAUGUAAACCUCGUACUGAUUGCUGGAAGAUGAUUAAUAGAAGACAUUUUGCUUUUGGGAAACAAUAGCUUUUACUGCAAGAUGGAUGCCCACUGGACGUUCCAGUUAUAUUACAUGGUGAAUUGGUAAUAUUUUUUAAUGCAAACUAAUCAAUACCGUUGGAAGUACAACCAUAUUUGAUAAUUGAAGCACUGAUGAUUGGUUUAGGUGAGAUCAUGUCUGCUAUGAAGAUAAUUAAGUGUCUCUAGAGCUUAUGUUGUGGAUAAAGUGUGGUAUUGAGGUCAAAAGCCCGUGCUAUCAGAUGAAAGAGAGAGUUUUGCAGUUUUCUUUUUUGUUUAAGAAUUGGUUGCGAUACCAAAAGAAUUUUGAUGUCUUACCAAUAUAUGGAGAAAUCAUGUUGGAAAGAGAUACAGGUCGUCCAAGAGGAUUUGGGUUCAUUACCUUUGCAGAUCGCCGAGCCAUGGAAGAUGCAAUCAGGGAAAUGCAUGGACGGGAAUUAGGGGAUCGAACCAUCUCAGUGAAUAAGGCCCAACCCAAGAUGGGGGGAGAUGAUUUGGACCAUGGCUAUCGAGGUGGCUACUCUACUGGUGGCAGGGGAGGAGGCUAUGGAGGAGAGAGGCGUAUAGGGGAAGAUGAGUGUUUCAAGUGUGGGCGUCCUGGCCACUGGGCCAGAGAUUGCCCUUCAGCUGGUGGUGAUCGAGGUGGAGCUGGAGGUACAUUCUCUUCUCGUUCUAGGUUUGGUGGAACUGAGGGCCGUGGUGAUCGCUUUGGAGAUCGGGAUCGUUUUGGAGAUCGGGAUCGCUUUGGUGAGCGGGAUCGUUUUGUGGAUGAUCGUUAUGAUGGAGGACGCUAUGGAGAUAGGGAUCGUUUUGACAGCCGUGAUAAAUAUGGAAGCCGUGAUCGAUAUGUAAGCGACAGGUAUGGGAUUUCUGACACUUUGAUCAUUUAGCAUAGCGGAUGAACG